AUGAAUAUUCUACUAUUUGAUGUAAUAAGAAAUAUCAUUGUUAUACCUGGUUUACCUAACCAUUUAUGGUGUAAUAGUGAAACAAAACUGCCGAUCUAUCGUAUUAUAACCCAAAAAAAUAAUGGAAAUGAUGACAAUAAAACUGGUUGGUGCAAAUACCUCUUGAACAACUAUCUGUAUCCAUUUCUUCUAUGUGACUUUUGUAUGAACGUCUUGGCAGGUGUCAUGGCAUCACAAGUUUUUGUUUAUAACAAUGGUUUAUUGACAGGAAGAAUUGAAUAUUGCCUGAUUGUGGUAACCAUCUUGACGUUUCCGUCCAAACUAGAUGCUCUGCGAUUAAUAAAAAGUCGAUUUAUGAAUUUCUUCAAUGGUCCAGGGCCGGAACCUACAGUUCUAGCUGGUAUCAGACGUGUUGAAUAUUUUUAA